ACUAGUGUCAGUUUGAGUCAAUUUAAACUAAACCGAAUGUGAAUCUCCUUUACAUAGCCCGGCGUGAAGUUGAAAGCGAAAAAUAACAGUGCCUUGUUUCAUCUGAUAGAUGUACACUCACAUGGCACAAGAGACGGCGACGUUUUUAUCGGCUGACUAUUGGCUGGCCACACAACAAUAGGUUUUUUACUUGGCCUUGAAUUUUGAACAGGGGAAGCACAUAAUAUACAAUAGCGCCUUCUUCUGUGCUUGUCAGUUUCUCGUUGGGUCCGAAUUUUAUAUUAAGAUGAAGAUCGAAGGACCCGCAUUGAAUUGCGGAGAAAAAAAAUAUUCCAGCUCUCCGGGACACUUUCCAAACUCGUAUAGUAACUACCAUCUUUUCGCCAAUGCCUUUGUAUAAAAGCGAAAUUCAUCCUCAAGAAAAGUCUCAGUUGAGUUUUGACAACGCAUUGUAAAGUUGGUACGGUCCAAUACUUGAGUUUAUAUCCGUAGUCAGUAGAAACGCGUUACGAUCCCAGUUAUUUCACUUAAGUUAAUUCCCAAUCGGCCAUGUCAUUGGGACAAUUCAACAGGUUGGUUCGGAAAACUGCGACAAAAAAGAAAAUGCGGGUCUUAAUUUGCUGUGUUGCUGCUUUGUCGACACUCUUCUUUAUGUAUUACUCUUCCGAUUCUUCCGGUCAAGAAAGCGACAAGAUUUUACAUCGCCACACAAGAUCGAUGAAACCUAUGAUCGACAUGAGAGGAUUCCCAGAUACUGAGGGACUCUGUCCUCACGCCGGUUUCUUUCGGAAUAAAACUGACUGCACCCAAUUUUAUAGGUGUGUCGAUUUUAACCGGAAUGGGAAACACACUGUUUUCCGCUUUAUGUGCGGUCCUAUGACUGUUUUUGAUCCGAGCCGCUCACUUUGCACCGGGCCUAGCAUGGCAAAACCGCCAUGUACUAAGGAUCCACCAACGACAACAACAACAACAACACCAACAGAAACCCAAACACCAACAGCACCUUUUUCUUUUCCACCUUGUUCAGACCUUUCACGUUGUACACAAACACCUUCAACAACAACACCGACAACACCGACAACUACUACUCCAACAACUACUACUACAACUACUACUACAACUACUACUCCAACACCAACACCAACAGCACCUUUUCCACCUUGUUCAGACCUUUCACGUUGUACACAAACACCUUCAACACCUUCAACAACAACACCAACAACAACUACUACUCCAAACAACCAAUACCCUCCAAUACCUUCACCGCCAACGGAGGCAUGCAAGGGAAUUUUGAUUGCAGAAGACGAAAAGGUACGCCAGUCCGUGAAUACCAAAAGCAUUUCAAUACCCCCGAACAGUGUCUCCGGAAUAAUAAGUUGUAGAGACCUUAACAAGAUAGUCAUUUUUGAAGGUGGAUCGGAGAAAACUAUUAAUCUUCCUUCUGGGACAAUAUCUAUUAUUACUACAAAACAAGGUGAGGGGGAGGUCACCAAUAUUUCGAAUGGAAUCUUCACCACCAAUUCAACAAAGAUUUCCCUUCCACAAUCUUCAACCUACGAAAUAAUUCAGUUCAUUGAAGGCCGGGGUUUUAAUCGAACAACCUUGUUUAUCACAAAAGAAAAGAUUGAGAUUGUAGUGCCGGAGAUGAGCAUCUACGGACAAGUAAGAGUUACAAACAACCAAGUGACUAAUAUUGGAGGAUGGAGAUUCACAACGGAAUACCUCUCUAUUAAUCGAACAGAAUCAAGUUCAACUAUUUUUGGGAUAAUUUCUAACGUAACAACUUUACAAGCAAGUGUCUCUACCAGUAUCAAAUUUUUUGAAAGCAACAGUCAGUAUAUUUCAGGAAUAAUAACAGUUGGAGGGUCGUCUCCUGACGAUCAACUAGCUAGCAGCCUUCCUUACACCUUAUCGGUAAACAGUGAUCAAAUAUUAUCAAUAAUUCCUGAAAAAGGCAGAGGAAAUAUCAUUCUGAAUCAAGAGGGGUCGAGUAAUUCUACAACAUUUCCUAUAACACCCGGAACAAUUUUAACAAUCCAGCCACCUGUUGGUUCCUCCGGAAUGGUUACCAAUCUCUUGCAGUCAACGUAUACAUCCGAAGCGACGGAUAUCACUUUCCCAGCUGGAAGCACUGUUACAGUAUGUAAAAUUCAAAUCGACGGGAAGCUGGAAAAAAUAUCUGUGAUUCAGGUGUCAUCUACUUUUUCUGUUUCAACUACAACGCAGAGCACCGUUGGGAUUGUUCAGACAUCCACUGAUGGUACUGUAAGACAAAUAGGGACUGCACAAUUCGGCGUCAAACUCAUGGAUGGAUCAGAUCAAACUUAUAUUGGCAUUUUAAAUUUAAAUUCAAUAAUUAAGAAAGAUUAUCGUUCAGUUGCAGGAAUAAUUCAAAUAGGAGAUCCUACUUUUCUGAAUUACCAACAAUCGACAACUGGCCAAACAAUUCAGAUUCUCCCUGGCACAACUACUGCAAUCCUUGUUUCUGGCGAAAUCCAAGUCACGGAAGAAGAUGGCACAUCUAUCAAACAGACUAGCUUUUCCAUUCCGUCGGGAGGAAUUUUAGGAAUUGUUACAUUGAAAAACGGUGGCGAAAUUACUGGAAUCUCCAACAGCUACUUCACUACCAAUUCUACUCAAGUAAUAUUUCGAUUAGGGGUUCGAUUUGGUAUAGUUAUUACUAACUCAGAUGGUACAAUGCGCCUCCAAAAUCCAAUCGAUGCUACCGGCAAAACUACCAUCACGGUUCCAGUUGGCAGCGUUUAUGGAGAAUUGGCCCUUUCCAGUCUAGGGGAAGUGAUCGGAAUCGGCAAUGCUUACUUUGCAACCCGAAAUUUUGUUACUGGUUUCUCAUCAUUCCCUACCCCGUCAACUCUGUUAGGCACUUUUGGUGUGAUAUACUUUAGCGAGAAAUUUAAUUUCUCUCAGUCUGUAGUAACUAGUUCAACAGUAUUUAAUAGUGGAUUGAAAACUAUUUCUGCUAUAGUCCACGUAUCAGCCGGAAAUCGCAAAAUCGACUCCAUCGAUUCACUGUCAGUGAGGCAAAACAGUUCGUUAGCUAUUAUUCCCAAAGCAGGUGAAGGGAUAGUGUCGGUGAGGGAGGGAGAAAGCUCUACAUUAUUUAACUUCACUGUCUUACCUGGUGAGAUGUUUGGUAUCUUCAACGCCCAAGAUACAAAAGUUACAAACAUCAACAAUGGUUUCUUCACCACAAAAGCUACUUCAAUAUCAUUUGGUUCAGGAACGAUCUACAGUAUGAUUAAAAUUGGUCUUGAUGGAUCCAUUAUUGCGUUCGACAAAAAAAAAUCACAGGAUGACUUAUUUAUCACUGUAUCGGAAGGAAGUACUGUUGGAAAUCUAAAUUUGGAAAACGACAAUGGACGCGAGUCUAUCUUGUCUAUCGGAGGGGCUCCAUUUGUGAUUAGAAAUUUAACGUUUCAAUCAACUCAAACUACCGCAAAUAGUGCACUCGGAAUACUUGGAGUUGACGAAAUAUUCCAAACAACACCAAAUCCAUCGACACCAAGUACAACAACAACAAGUACAACAACAAGUACAACAACAAGUACAACAACAGCAAAACCCCCCCUACCCCCUUUUAAUAUUGACUGUACAACAGAUAGGCCGCUCCAAUUCCCUCUCGAUUGCUCACGAUUUUACCAAUGCCAAACUGAUGCUGAGUCACGCAUUAUUUAUGUUUUUUCAUGCCUACCUGGCCUCUACUUUGACGAUGUUUCAUCCCAGUGUCGGACUCCAGCUGAGGCAGUUUGUAAAGAUACGUCUUCUAUUAACGAUACGACUAAUUCUUUUGAUGGACCGGGUGGAAUCCUCCGUCUUGAUUGCAACGGCAACCUUUACCGCUACCCACUCAACUGUAACAAUUUUUACACCUGCUUCAAAGAUGACGAAGGACAAGAAAUAAUCAACGUUUUUGCUUGUGCUGCCGGCCUGGUUUUUGAUGAUUCGUCUUUAAGUUGCCUCUUACCUCAGGAAACUUUGUCUUGCGACGACAGCAAUAACUUGUUCAAAUCACCCUCGUUUGUUUUCCAAUUGCAAGAGGAAAUCGAUACUGCUUCACUUCUUUCCAACUCGCGAGACAUCUUCGAGAAGCAAAACACAAAAUUACAGAAAGAAGUAGAAUUAUCUGAUUUAAUUAUCCCCAAAUUACCCCAUCAAAGUGGGCGAGGGGCUAGCCAUAAUAAAAUGAGAAUUCGGAUGAACACACAUAUUGAGAACCCAAACUAAACGACUACAGAGCUUACCGCUUUUGGCACGUAGUAAAUUCCAUGUGCUAUAUAUAAUCAGCAUGCUAAUUACGAUAUUCAUUCCAUCUUUGGUAAUUUGUUAUUUGUGUUUAUGUAACGUUUCCCAUAUUGUACUCAUCAGGUAUUUUAUAUAACUCUUAAGGUGGCUGGAGAAAAAUGGAAUUUUUUUUAACAGUUACUCGAUUAGUAUAAUACACGGCAAUCGGCAAUGAA